UGUAGCAGAGAGGGUUACUGUAGCCUUCGGUUAGCGGUCUGCUGCAGCUGUGAAUGCCCGCAUCAUGGAUGGGCAAUAAUUCUUCAUACGGUUCAUUGGUCAAAAUAGGCUACGGUUGAAGUUGAACUAGUUCUCUCUAGUCCAACAUGGAGAUACCGAUUGUAAAUUUUGAAGGGUACACCCUUGAAGAAUCAAAUAUUUCGAGUGAAGAUCUGCAGAAACUAUGUAGCAGUCUGAAGAGCGCUUUCACCGAGGUUGGAUUUGUCUAUUUGGAGAACACUGGAAUCACACAGCUAGAGGUGGAGGAAGUGAUGAAAAUCUCGAAAGAAUUCUUUGACCUUCCAGAGGAAAGGAAAGUUCCCUUCAGUAGGGGCACCUACAGCGACCCAAACCAUGGCUAUGUCUCCUUAGAAAGAGAAAGUUUAAAUCCAAGCAGACCUGGUGAUCUCAAGGAGGCGUUCAACACCCGUCUACUGCAACCUGACAUAAAAUGGCCUGAGGAUGUUUUGGGCUUCAGGGAGAGACAGGUGACCUUCUUCCUGCGCUGUAAGGAGCUGUCCCUUAGGGUCCUCAAAUUGAUGGCUCGCAGCUUAGAGCUGGACCCUGAUGUGUUUGUCCGUGAGCAUAAAGACAUCGGAACUGAUAGGAAUAGCACGACGCUCCGCACCCUGUUCUACCCUCCAGUGCAGAGCGAGCAGGCUAAAGAGGGGCAGCUGCGCUGUGGAGAACACUCUGACUACGGCAGCAUCACCUUCAUCUUCCAGAGCCCCGAGGGGGGACUGGAGGUUUUGUCGCGGUCGGGAGCGUAUAUUUCAGCUCCCUAUAUCCCUGGCACAGCGCUACUAAACAUUGCUGACCUCAUGCAGCGCUGGACAAGUGAUGUCUUUAUCUCCGCAGUUCAUCGCGUUCUGCUGCCCCCUCCUGGCAAUGCAAACGCACGGCAGUCCCUGGCCUUCUUUGUGCAUCCGGAUGAUGAGGCGUUGAUCACCUGCUGUGAUGGCUCCAACAAGUACCCUCCUGUCAACUCUGUGGACUACCUCAUGGAAAGGUUCAAGGAGAGUUACGGCCGUCAAGAACCAGAUACAAGCAGAAAAAGGAAAAGAGAGAAUAAGAGAAUCAGACAGAAGAAGAAGAGGAGGAAGAAGAAGACUGCACGGUGACUUCAGCAAAAUGAUUUGAGAAAAAGACAGCAAUUCAAUAUUUCUCUUGGCUGCACUAUACAGAUUCAGAAGUCCUGGCCCCUUACAGACGUCUAAGAGUCACCAGUAGACUACAGAAACUAAAAGACCCCGCACACACAUGCCCACACGCACUCAUGCACGCACACAAACAUGCAUUCCUGCCUUCACACACACACACACACACACACACACACACACACACACACACACACACACACACACACACACACACACACACACACGCGGACGCUCACUCACUCCCACACACCUACUGUAGGUUACAGAUGUCAGUCAUGGGUAAGCGGUAGGGCGUCAGACUUGUUGCCGGUUCGACUCUCGACCCGUCAGGUUGGUGGAGGGAAUGAUUAACCAGUGCUCUCCCCCAUCCUCCUCCAUGACUGACGUACCCUGAGCAUGGGACUGUCCCGCCGCACUGCUCCCUUGGGGCGCCAUUGGGGGCUACCCCCUUGCACGGGUGAGGCAUAAUCACAAUUUUGUUGUGUGCAGUGUGCACUUGUGUGCUGUGAAGUGCUGUGUCACAAUGAGAGUUGGAGUUUCCCAGUUGGCCUUUCACAUCCACUUUUUUUCACUUCAGAUGAGUUAACCAGCUGAGUUUGAGCUUUUUUUUUCCAGUAACAAAAUCUAGCUAGCCUGACUUGUAGUACGUCAUCUGGCUGCCUCUUGCCGAACUACGCACAAGGGUGGUCCGGAUUCCUCACGUAACCAUCUGAGGUUUGUGAAAGCCAGAAUAAUUUCUGAACGAAUGACACAUACACCAUAACUGUGUAGCGUAUAAAGAUUUUAACAUGAAAAUGCGUAUAUCACAGGAAUAUGAGUGGGCCCAGA